AUGGUAGUGUCCCGAUCUACAGCUGCCCCCCAUGAGAUGGAAGGGCGCGUGUGGUUUGGAGACACGGCACUGCCUCUUGAGGACCACAUCAGGAUCCUCGGAGUGGACGUGGACCGGGAACUACGCUUCGGCCUGCACCUCCAGACCAUCGCUCGACAGGCUUCUCUCCGCGUCUCCGCCCUGCGCAGGGUAGCGUCCUUCCUCGACAGUAGAGGAAUACUCCUGCUAUAUAAGGCACAAAUUAGGCCUUACCUGGAGUACGCUGCCCUAUCAUGGAUGUCUAGUGCACCCACGCAUAUAAGGAAGCUGGACAAAGUUGAGCGGAGAGUCAUGCGGCUGGUGGAGGGCAACCAUCUCCAGCCGCCAUCACAGGACCUGGCUCCCCUAGACUCCCUGGAAUACCGGCGGGAUGUCGGAGCGCUUGUGGUGCUCCACAAGGCCCAGGUACAGGAAGUGCCACACCUGACCAGACUGAGGCUACCACUGCGAGUUGCCAGGAGGGACACGAGGACGGUGUCCACUACGGAUCAGCUUGUGGACGUACCAAGGUCACGGUCUAGUCAGCACCUCAGGACCUAUACUGCAAGGACUGCCCGCCUGUGGAACACCUUCACCGCGGCCACACCAGCUGUUCAGCAAAUGUCAACAGCGCAGGUGAAGCUGGCGGCACACAGGUGGAGGGCGGCCCUUCCAACCCCAAUGAUGCUGCUAGUGACAUGA